UCCUACUCGAAUAUCAAAAAAUUUCCCACAUCAAUCCUAGUCAUCACCUUCUUCCUCGCCUCAAAUCCCUCUCUCUCUCUCUCUCUCCUACUUUGCAUUCUGUCACCACCACUUCACCUCCCCCGCGUUUUCUUCCCCUAUAAAUAUGCCUGUCCUUCACUCCCAUCUUCCUCCCAUUCGUUUUUCUUCAUUAACCCUUUUCCAUUUCUUUCUCAUCAUGCCAUUACUCCGUCCCGCCGCCGCGUCGUUGCCGGAAGUUUUUUCCCCACGCCUCGCCGAUAAGGGCCCUGUUAUUCCAGUACCCAAUCUCGUUAAGUUUCUUGAGCGUAUUCAGGUUGUGGCUCUGAAUUCGUUUGGGAAAUUGGAUUUUGAUCUUAAAUAUUAUGUCGAUUUGUCUUUGAAAUUCGAUUUGAAUUCUACCCAAAUCGCUUUUGAUGCCCUUGAACGAUCCUCCAAUGGCUCUGUUUCCGUUGAGAAUUUGAGGACAUUCAUUUCGAACUAUUUCGAUAGUGCCGGAACCGACUUGGUUUACUCUAAUCCGGCCGAUUUUGACCCUCAUCCUGAUGGGUUUUUGCCCAAAGUUGAGAAUGUGGAAGUUAGAGCUUGGGCUUUCGAUAUUCAUAAUUUUUGGAAGAAUCUUAGCCGUAGAGUCUCUGAUGAUCUCAUUCAUCAUCCUGAUACCCACACUUUGCUGCCGUUGCCUGAGCCUGUUGUCGUUCCGGGAUCAAGAUUCCGGGAAAUUUAUUAUUGGGAUUCUUAUUGGAUUAUCAGAGGUUUGUUAGCUAGUAAAAUGUACGAUACUGCUAAGGGAAUUGUUAUUAAUCUAAUUUCAAUGAUCGAUGAGUUUGGCCAUGUUCUUAAUGGUGCCAGAUCUUAUUACACUAACAGAAGUCAGCCUCCCCUUUUGAGCUCCAUGGUUUAUGACAUAUACCUUAGGACUGGGGAUUUAGAGUUUGUGAGAAAUUCACUCCCUGCUUUAAUCAAAGAGCAUAAGUUUUGGAAUUCAGGAUUCCAUUCAAUUACUGUCCAAAAUGGAAAUGGAAAUCACUCCUUGUCUAGGUACUAUGCAAUGUGGAACGAACCGAGGCCGGAAUCUUCGCUGGUGGAUGAGAAAGUUGCCUCGAAGUUCGUGAAUAACUAUGAAAAAAAGCAUCUAUACCGGGAAAUCGCAUCAGCAGCCGAAUCCGGUUGGGAUUUCAGUUCAAGAUGGAUGAGGGAUUCGACAGACUUGUCGACAUUGGCUACAACUUCAAUCUUGCCAGUUGAUCUCAAUGUAUUCAUACUCAAGAUGGAACUUGACAUUUCCAAUUUGGCAAGAGCCGUUGGAGACUACUGCACGGCAGAACACUUUUUUGAGGCCUCUCUAGUUAGAAAGAAGACAAUCAACUCUAUUUUUUGGAAUUCAGAGAAAGGACAAUGGCUUGAUUACUGGCUUGAUAACGGCUCGUACAAGGGUGCUCAUUCAUGGGAUGUUCGAAACCAGAACCAGAACGUAUACGCUUCAAACUUCAUUCCCUUGUGGGUCGAAUCAUUUUACUCCGAUAGCAGACAAAUGAAGAAAGUUUUGAAAAGUUUACGGAACUCAGGCUUGUUAUGCAAUGCUGGGAUUGCAACUUCCAUGAUUAAUUCGGGGGAACAAUGGGAUUUCCCGAACGGUUGGGCACCAAUCCAACACAUGAUUGUCGAGGGACUGGCAAGGUCUGAACUGCCAGAAGCAAAGGCAUUGGCCGAGGACAUCGCCGCCAGAUGGCUCCGAACCAACUAUGUAGCUUACAAGCACACAGGAUUUAUGCAUGAGAAAUAUGAUGUCCAAAAGUGUGGAGGCUUUGGUGGAGGAGGUGAAUACGUCCCUCAGACUGGCUUUGGAUGGUCAAAUGGUGUUGUGUUGGCAUUCCUUGAAGAGUUUGGAUGGCCAAAAGAUCAAAAGAUAGACUGCUAUUUACCUUCUUAAACACCACAAGAUUCACCAUUCAUCUCUUGGGAUUAGAGGAUAUAAUAUAUUCUUUAGGUUCUUCACUCUCAGUUCAUCUUAAAAGGGAUGAUUGUAAAUUCUACAAAUCAUAUUUUGUUUCUUAAAAUUAGUUUUGAACCUCUAUGGUUUGCACAUAUGUCUUCGUUGACAGAUGAUGCAAAUCAUAAGAGUGUUUAAAGUUAGUUUUCAAAGCUGGGUAUUGUUUGUAUGAGUUGUAGUUGUCCCCACAAAUUAGAGAGAAGUGUCCCUUAAUUGGAGGGAGUUACUUCUUUAUAUAUAUAUAUGAGGUUUAGGAAGUAUAAUAUAUUGUUAAUAUUGCAAUAAAUGUAAAGCCUUUACUCUAAAUAUUUGCCUUACCAAUCAAUUCGAGUAUGAUUUAACAAAGAUUCAUCUUC